AUGUCUGUUUUCUUCCUGCUCAGCCUUGGUCUGGAUUGGGCCCGGGCCCAGAGCUAUCACUGCAUGUCUUCCCAGUUUAGAAGACCCGGAGACUACAUACUGGGCGGCUUGUUCCCUUUCACGGUGCUCACCUCCAACCUGACGGAACGGACCCUGCCUGACAUUUACAACUGUGACAGGUAAGGCAGCAAAAAUGGCAAGGACAUAGCAAUGGUUGGGGAGGUGGCGAUGCAGAAACCCCUGCCUUGUGUGUGGCUGGACUUAACUGAAUGAAGAGUUACUUCCAUUGCUCCACUCCCUUUUGCCUCUGGCCACCCCCAGCCCGUGGCAAGUGGCCCCUACGCACCAUCAGGGCUCAAAGAAUGUCAGAUUAAUUGUCAACGGGAAACUAUGGAGUAGAUUUGAAUGCUGUCCCCAAUUAACUAGGCAGCUUUUUAAAGUAAAAUGAUUCAAAAUGCAAGUGUCAACAAGACCUUCCUGAAGACUUUCCCUUUUUUUCAAUGAGCCUUUUAAGUUGAUUUCUUUCCCUGUAUCAGAAUCAUUUUUAAGAUGGCCUUCAAUGUCAUAAUAAAAGCAAAGAUUGGGAAUGGGAGUCACUUUCCUAAGCUGGGAAUUCCCCCCCCCCUUCUCACACGUUUAUACAUUUAGGGUUUUGCUGUUCUCUGAAACGUUAUUUGCAUGUCUUUUAAGGGUCUUGUAAGCUGCCUUGGGGGGGGGCCUGAAAGGUUAAAAACAAAAACAAAAGUUGGCAAGGUCAUUCGCAUCAUGGAUUGUAAUGCAGCACAAAUUUUACAGCAGCAACAGUUCAGUCUAGGAACCAACAGCGGAAUAGAUUCCUGCAUUGAAGGAGGUUGGACUAAACAGGUCCCUGCCAACUCUACUGCUCUAUGAUAAUAAUAAUAAUAAUAAUAAUAAUAAUAAUAAUAAUAAUAAUAAUAAUAAUUUAUUUAUAUCCAGCCCUCCCCAGCCAAAGCCAGGCUCAGAGCGGCUAACAACAAUAAAAGUAACACAAUUUACAUAAAAUCACAAUCAAUUAAAAUGCAUUCUAAAAUCAACUCAUUCUAAAAUCAAUUCAAAAUCAAAUUAAUGGCAACCAUUGGGCUAGAGUUCUGUGAGGGUUACAGAAGGAGGGGGUCAGACUGUGCCUUGGCCAAAGGCCUGGUGGAACAGCUCUGUCUUGCAGGCCCUGCAGAAAGAUGUCAAGUCCCGCAGGGCCCUAGUCUCUUGUGACAGAGCGUUCCACCAGAUCGGGGCCACGGCCAAAAAAGCCCUGGCUCUGGUUGAGGCCAGCCUAACCUCCCUGUGGCCCGGGAUCUGCAAGAUGUUUUUAUUUGAAGACCGUAAGGUCCUCCAUGGGACAUACCAGGAGAGGUGGUCCCGUAGGUACGAGGGUCCUAUGCCGUAUAAGGUUUUAAAGGUUAAAAUCAGCACCUUGAACCUGAUCCUGUACUCAACCAGGAGCCAGUGCAGCUGGUAUAGCACUGGGUGAAUGAGAUCCCACGGCGAAGACCCCGUAAGGAGUCUCGCCGCGGCAUUCUGCACCCGCUGGAGUUUCGGGGUCAGUCUCAAGGGCAACCCCAUGUAGAGUGAGUUACAAUAAUCAAGUCUGGAGGUGACUGUUGCGUGGAUCACAGUGGCUAGGUCAGGGCAAGAGAGGUAAGGCGCCAACUGCUUAGCUUGGGGGGGAUGAAAAAAUGCCGCCCUUGUUAUAGCUGCGAUCUGCACCUCCAUGGAAAGGGAGGUGUCAAAGAUUACACCCAAACUCUUAACGGAUGGUGCUGGCACUAAUUGUGCCCCCACAAGAGAUGGGAGUUGCCCCCCCAAUCCCAUAUCGUCCCGACCCAGGCAAAGGACCUCUGUCUUCGAAGGAUUUAACUUCAGCCGGCUCCCAUGUAACCAUCCAGCCUAUGUAAUACAGGACAGGAAGAAAAGGAGCAGCAAUUCAGUUAUGCUUAAGAGCUCUGACCAGCCUCAAACAGACUGAUUAAAAGUGGAUGUAAACCGAAAAGCCUUCAGAGACAGCCAGUGUGCUGCAGAGAUUAGAGUGCUGGACUAGGACGUGGGAGUCGAGAGUUCAAGUCCCAGCUCAGGCAUGAAACUCGCUGGGUGUGUCCCUGGGGCAGUUGCUGCCUCUUGGCCUGACCUGCUUCCCUGGGUUGGUGUGAGGAUUAAUUGGGAAAGGGAGAGGUGAACCAUGGACUCCGCCUUGAGCUCUUUAGAAAGAAAGGUGAGGUAUAAAUUCAGUAAAUAAAUAUACAGUGCCCAUUUAAAAACAAUCAACCCCUUCCGCCUACCCAUAUCCGUGCCCCCAACCCACAUCGUUAAAUAAAUAAAUAUUUUUUAUUAUUAUUUAUACCCCGCCGUUCCCGGUCCAGAAAACCGGGCUCAGGGCGGCUAACAACAAAUUUAAAACAAUUGACGCAAGAAAAAAACAGCAUAAAAUACAGUAUAAAACGUGAAUAAUAAUAAAUUCAGAAUUCAAAAAUCAAUUUAGGGGGGAAAUCCAUCCAAUAAACAUUAGGUGAUCACCAGGGCUAGCUGGCUAAAUUAGUCCUAUUUGGGCCAGCGGGGAGACCAGGGGAGAAUUAGCUGUGGGAUCCCAGAGCGGGUAAUCUUCAUAAAAAGGGGAGGGGGAGGGAAGGAAGGGGGAUAAAAGAUCAGGCUAAGUUCAAAUUGAAAGCCAGGCGGAAUAGUUCUGUCUUACAGGCCCUGCAGAAGGAAGUUAAAUCCUGCAGGGCCCUGGUCUCAUGGGACAGAGAAUUCUACCAGGUCGGAGCCAUCACUGAGAAGGCCCUGGAUGGGUCCCUAGUCACUCUGGAGAGAGGCAUUUUAGGGGGUCACAGGUAGUGGUGGGAGGAUAGAAUCUUAGAGUUGGAAGGGAACCCAAGGCUCAUCUAGUCCAACCCCCGGCAGUGCAGGAAUCUCAGCUAAAGCAUCCCUAGACAGAUGGCCACCCGUCCUCUGCUUGAAAACCUCCAAGGGAGGAGAGUCCACAACCUCCUGAGAGAGACUCUUCCACUGCCGAACGGGGAAAAGAGGGGACCAGUAACUUGCCAUCCAUCAGUUAUCUCAAGCUAACAUCCCUAUUCGCCUCCUCGGCCAAAAGAAAGAAGGGCACAAAUUGUGCAGGGGCAGGGCCACCUCUGAAGCUCCCGGGCAUGUCUUUGUGCACCUUCCUGCAAUCAGGAGCCCACUCAGGGGAGCUUCUAAAGGCAAGCCAGUGUGCUCCUGAUCUGGGUUCCAGCCAGCCACCUAGGCUGUCUUCCAGGACGCUCUGUUCCACGCACUUCCCCCAGUUUUAUUAAACCCUCGACAGUUUGACAGUGUUCCCUGCUCACUUGGUUGUUGCACAUGUGUUGGGGGAGUGGGGAUGGUGCCUCCUUAGGGGUCUCCCCCUCUCCAAUGAGCACUUCUGCAAACUUUGGGGUUUACCCCAAAGCCUCUUACACCUCGUUGCAUGGGGGUGGUGCAGAUUUGGCAAUGUGAGAGAUUGGCACUCAACCCUGCAUGUUGCCAAUAGAGGGAGAGAGACCGCCAUCUCCCCUGUUCUGUCCUCUGUCCCCCAGGCUUUAUGCUGCCGGUCUGGUCUGGGCCCUUGGGAUGAAGAUUGCCAUUGAGGAGAUCAACAACUCCACCACGCUGCUGCCAGGGAUCCGCCUUGGCUAUGAUAUCUACGACACCUGCAUGGAACCGGUGGUCACCCUCCAGCCCAGCCUGCUCUUCCUGUCCAGAGCAGGCACAAACAGCAUUGGGAUCCUUUGCAACUACACGGACUACCAGACCCGGGUGACGGCUGUCAUCGGGCCUCACGACUCACUGCUCUCUUCGGUGACAGCCAAGCUGUUCGGCUUCUUCCUGAUCCCGCAGGUAGAAAAACUGUAAGAUCAAAUGACACCCUCGUGAGAAUAAUAAUACCGUAUUUUUUGCUCUAUAAGACUCACUUUUUCCCUCCUAAAAAGUAAUGGGAAAUGUGUGUGCAUCUUAUGGAAUGAAUGCAAGCUGCGCAGCUAUCCCAGAAGCCAGAACAGCAAGAGGGAUUGCUGCUUUCACUGCACAGCGAUCCCUCUUGCUGUUCUGGCUUCUGAGAUUCAGAAUAUUUUUUUUCUUGUUUUCCUCCUCCAAAAACUAGGUGCGUCUUACGGUCUGGUGCAUCUUAUAGAGCGAAAAAUACAGUAAUAAUAAUUUAUUAUUUAUACCCCGCCCAUCUGACUGAGUUUCCCCAGCCACUCUGGGCGGCUUCCAAUCAAGUGUUAAAAGCAAUACAGCACUAAAUAUUAAAAACUUCCCUAAACAGGGCUGCCUUCAGAUGUCUUUUAAAGAUAGGAUAGCUGCUUAUUUCCUUCACAUCUGAAGGGAGGGCAUUCCACAGGGCAGGUGCCACUACCGAGAAGGCGCCAGUGAGGCCCACCACAAAAUGUUGCAGCGUAAAAUGCACCUAUUCCGUGUUUUAGGGUUGUCUCCAAAUAAGCCCUACUCAUUCAUUCAAUAGGUUUCUUGUUCUAGCUAAAGGACAUGACCAUUAGGUCAAAGAAGCGUUUCUCAAACUUGGGUGCCCAGCUGUUGUUGGACUACAACUCCCAUAAUCCCUAGCUAGCAGGACCAUUGGUCAGGGAUGAUGGGCAUUAUAGUCCAACCCAAAUUUGAGAAACACUGCAUUAAAGUUCACCCAGAUACCAACGUAGCAAUAAUAUAGCGAACAUCAGUAAUAGAAAACAAUAAAAAUCAGAAGUACCAUCAGCUAUCCCAACUUCAGAUUAAACCUCAGAGUCCCCAGAACAAUUUACAGCAAUGUUCUCUAGCUCUCUGUGUCCAAUCUUUCCUGCAGCCAGUGCAAAAAGAGCCACUUUACGUGUCACAAAGUUUUUAAGGUAAAGGGACCCCUGACCAUUAGGUCCAGUCAUGACCGACUCUGGGGUUGCAGCACUCAUCUUGCUUUAUUGGCCGAGGGAGCCUGCGUACAGCUUCCGGGUCAUGUGGCCAGUAUGACUAAGCCGCUUCUGGCGAACCAGAGCAGCACACAGAAACGCCGUUUACCUUCCCGCCGGAGUGGUACCUAUUUAUCUACUUGCACUUUGACGUGCUUUCGAACUGCUAGAUUGGCAGGAGCAGGGACCGAGCAACGGGAGCUCACACUGUCGUGGGGAUUCGAACCGCCGACCUUCUGAUCGGCAAGUCCUAGGCUCUGUGGUUUAACCCAAGCACCACCCGCGUCCCUUACCAACUUAACAAAACUUAACUAAACAAAGUUAACUAAACUUAACAAAGUUGUUAGUGGCCUGCAAAACAAACUGCACUGUUUCAUCCAUGGUAUUCCCACUUCCAUACAUCGACAAAGGUUUCAAAAUCUUGGAUCCAGGUAGACCCAUUAGAAUUAAUGGACCUAAGUUAGCCAUGUGCAUUCAUUGCAGUGGGUCUAACUUUGAGUAGGUCUGGCAUCGGCACAAACUCCCAGGCUGAACUUUUAUACCCACUUAUCUUGGAAUUGGGCUGGGAGGGAAAUGCGAUCCAGCUCAUAGGGAAUUCGCAGUUUUCAAAACAAUGCUCAGAAUGAAACACAGCCACCUUUUGCAAUACACACUUGGAACAAAUGUUGCAAUCAAGUUCUCCAGUCAAGCAAUAAGUGCAAAAGUGCAUGUGCUAGGAUCAAGUGUACAUAAGAAUGCAUAAAUUAGUGAAAAUAGCAUUCUGUUAGGGGAACGGGCUUUGCAAAAAUUUGUGUACGAGGCAAAACUGCAUCCAAAGAUACCUUCGUUCCGAAAAAUGCAAACUAAAAUGCUUAUGAAUUUUCAUGAGGAUUUGUAAAAAAAAUCAGAUGGAUGUGGAAAUGUGGAAAACUGAAAUUAAGCUUGGGUGUGGGGAAGAGAAACGGAAAGAAAUUGAAAUUAACAUGAUUCACUUGUUCCUAUCUUGGGGUGAGACAUUGUGAACACAGUAGGUUCUUUUGGCAGUCAACUCAAUUGUGCCUCCCCCCUCCUUCCUUCCUUCCUUCCUUCCUUCCUUUGGGAGUCCCACAACAUUGGGGGGGGGGGGACAGGUUCCUAACCCUGGGCGCACACAAAUCCAAACCAGCAAGAGUGCUAACGCCUUGUCAGGGGCCCUAUUUAUUCAUACAUCUGCUUAGCCCUCUCCUUCAUAUGGUUUCAGCAGGCUGUAGAAGGCAUAGGGGCCUUUAUUUUUGUUGGCAUGGCCAGCUGGUGCAACUGGAUUAGAACCCCAGGCCCUCCAGACAUUUUGGACUGCAACUCCCAUGAUGUAAUUAUUUUAUUGAUAAAAAGAGUUAUAAGCUUUGCCACUAUUCUGUGUACAAAAGCACAUGGUUUCAGUUAUGCACUUUCUAAGACAUUACUUAGACAUGGACUUUGGUCCAUAUAAACACUCUAUCCUUCUAAAUAUACCCAAGCUAAACCCUCCCUCGCCAUUUAUCCCAAAACAAUAACAACAUUGAUCCUACUUUAUCUCACUAAGCCUGACACAAACCUUCCGAACACUCCCACCCCAACUGAUGGGAACUGCAGCCCCAAAUAUAUUGAGGGCACCAACUUAGCUGAGUCCAGAUUACAUGACGGGAAAUGCGUUAAUGUGUUGUACCCAACCAACUUCUGCUUUAGAGCAGACCCACUGGAAUUAAUGGAUCUCAGUUUGUCAUGUCCAUUAACUUCAAUGGGUCUCCUCCAUGUAGUAUGAUUGGACACAGCUCAUUACUAGGGUAUUGCUUGACAUUCAAUGUGGUUUUUAAUUGCUGUAAGCCAGUGGUGGCCAAACUUGGCCCUCCAGCUGUUUUGGGACUACAACUCCCAUCAUCCCUAUCUAACAGGACCAGUGGUCAGGGAUGACGGGAAUUGUAGUCCCAAAACUUGGAGGUCCAUGUUUGGCCAUCACUGCUGUAAGCAGUCAUGGGGAGUUGGUCUCUUUGGAAUGGCAGCCUGCAAAGUCACCAAAUAAAUUAAACAUUGGUACAAUUGUGGCCUUCAGAUCAGUUAUGGAGCCACCAUGGAGCCCCUGAACAACGAGGAGCUGUAUCCCUCUUUCUUGCGGACUGUGCCCAGCGACAAGAGACAGCUGGAAGCCAUGGUCCAGCUCCUGCAGGCUUUCAAGUGGAAUUGGAUCGCGGUCAUUGGCAGCAACGAUGACUAUGGCCGUGGAGGCCUCAGCCUUUUGUCGUCCAUGGUGGCCAGCAAACAGAUCUGCAUCGCCUUCGAGGGGCUGAUCCCAGCCGAACUGUCCAACCCGAGCCUCCAAGUGAAGAUGAGGCAGACAAUCCAGUCGAUCAACGAGUCCAAAGUCAACGUCAUCGUCCUCUUCGCCAGCGACCGGCCUGUCCGGGCUUUCUUCAAGCUGUGCUUGGAGCUGAAGCUGAGCCAGAAGGUGUGGUUGGCCACCGAAGCCUGGGUGAUGUCAGACGUGGUCACCUCUGUGGACAAGAUCCAAGCCAUUGGGACAGUCAUCGGCUUCGUCAUAAAGGGGGGGACAGUCCCUGGCUUCGAGGAGUACAUCUACAGACUUUUAGAGCUGACCCAAGAGGACAGCUUCUGCAACACAUCCCAGGAGGAAGUGAACAAGAUGGACUCCGAUGUCCUGGGACCACAAUGCUGGCAAUGCAACUACAUCUCUCGCCGAAACAUCACCGCGGUGCUCAAGCACCGGCAGACGUACGCUGUCUACACCGCAGUGUACAGUGUGGCUCACGCACUCCACAACUUGUUGUGCUCCCAGAGAGGGACGUGUCAUAAGGGUAACAUCAAAUCUUGGGAGGUAGGCAAGAGGCAGUCAGCUGCCCAUCGACUGAUAAUACAAUGAGGCCUGGUGACCUGUUUUCGCCUGCGUGGUAUAUUUAUUAUACUUUUUAGCAACACAAAACAACUUAACAACAAUAAGUAGCACAUGCAUUAACACCAGCUUAUAACCAAACAAUCUCAAACAGACUCAUAUUUUCAAAAGCCAGUAUUAAAACAUCCCACCCUCUGAAGGAGGCCACAGAUCGUUAAAAGUCAAAGGCCUGGAAGAAAACACAUGUUUUUGCCUGGUGCCUAAAGAUAGGAGAUGAUGGUGGCAGGCAAGCCUCCCUGGGGGGAGCAUUCCACAAGCGGGGAGCCACCACUGAAAAGGCCUAUUUUCAUGCUGUCACCCUUCAGACCUCCUGUGCACAUGGGGGCACAUGGAGAAGGGCGUCAUACGGUGAUCACAGAGUCAGAUUGGUUCAUAUGGGGAGAUGCGGUCCUUGAGGUAUUGAAGUCCUGAGCCUUUCAAGACUUUAUAGGUCAAAACCAGCACCUUGAAUUGGCAGCCGGAAACUGUUGGCAGCCGGUGUAGUUGGGCCAUGAUUGGCGUUAUAUGCUUAAACUGUCUUGCUCCGGUGAGCAACCUGGCUGCCAAAUUCUGCACCGGCUGCUGUCCAUUACAGUGGUACCUUGGGUUAAGAACUUAAUUCGUUCUGGAGGUUUGUUCUUAACCUGAAACUGUUCUUAACUUGAAGCACCACUUUAGCUAAUGGGGCCUCCUGCUGCUGCCGCGCCACCGGAGCACAAUUUCUGUUCUCAUCCUGAAGCAAAGUUCUUAACCCAAGGUAAUAUUUCUGGGUUAGCAGAGUCUGUAACCUGAAGCGUCUGUAACCCGAGGUACCACCGUACAUGACUUGGCCAAAACUACCUUUGGACCAAACAGGGAAUGGGUUUGCUUAAUUAGGCCCAAAGGCCAGAGGUCCCCCAACCUGCACUAAAAUCAUCCUGGCAAUGGGAUAAUGCCCUCAAGCACACCUGAGAACAGCAGGGCAGUUUAAGAGCCACAGGGCAGGCUGAGUGGCACAUACAGCUUUGUCCUGCCACGCUUUGCCACCUGAUAUGGCUGCCCUGCUCUGGCUAACAGUAGGGCCAGCCUUGCAGAGAAGUGGUUAGUGCAGGCAAGGGGACAUGGGAUUAGGGGUCCAAGGGUGGGGGGACAUGGGAGUUAGCACAGAAUCCACCCACAACCACCUUUUCCUUCCAUCCAGCUGCUGGACAAACUGAAAGACGUCCAUUUCAACAUCUCCAACCAGCUGCACCAUUUCGAAGACUACGGCAGCAUCAACCUCGGCUAUGAGGUCAUUGGCUGGAGGUGGCAGGACAGUGGGAUUGAGCACAUCACCCUCGGGAACUUCAACACAAAACUGAACAUCAAUACAUCCUUGGUCCAGUUUCACACAGAGGAUGGAAAGGUAAAGAGAGAGGGGGAGGAAUGCAACAAAGGAGUACAGUAAAGUGAGUGAUCUCUUUGCUUGCUUCCCACCCACAAAUGUCCCCACACUAAUUAUCUGCCUGACCUCUUCUCUUGGUUUCUCAGAGUUAUAUCCUGCCAUUCCUCCAAGGCAACAAGCUAGAUAUGCUCAGGCAGUGUGCCCAACAUGUAUUUAAAACACGAUCCCCACUCCCCCAAUAAUUCUGGAAAUGGUAGCUUACCCCUCAGCACCCAUAACAAACUCAGCUACAAUUCUCAGCACCCAUAACUAAUGACAGUUCCCAGGAUUCUUAUUUGGGGUGUGUGUGUGAUUUAAAUUUGUGGUGUGCAUGCAGGCCAGAUACAAUUAAUUUGUCCAGAUGCAGGAACACAGGAAGCUGUCCUAUACUGAGCCAGAAAAGUUCAGUAUUUGUCUGCACUGACUGGCAGUGACAGACCUUAAGGUCUUAAGGUUGUGGGUUCGAACCCCACAUUGGAUGAAAGAUUCAUGUGUUGUGGAGAGUUGGACCAGAUGAUUCUUGGGAUCCCGUCCAACUCUGUGAUUCUUUGAUCCAGGAUUUCAGACCCGAGUUGUUCUGAACCUGUGGCCUUUUUGUAUGCAAAGCAGAUGGCUCUAUUACCGAGCUAUGACCUUUCCCCCAGGAAGGGGGAGCAGGAAGAUGGAGGGGAGAAGGAACAGUAUAAGGAGCUUGCAGAGAACAAGGGCGAAAGAUGAGCAAAGGGAACAGCAAGAGAGAAGGAAAAGAAGAUAGCUUUGCAGGAGGUAGACAUUUCAUUGGUCGCUCUCCCUUUUGCUUAGGCUCCCAUCUCUGAGUGCCUUACGACAUGUCAGGCUGGGCAGAUCCGUCGGAUGAAGGGGUUCCACCUCUGCUGCUACGACUGCAUUGACUGUGAGAUGGGCACUUAUCGCAGUUCUCCAGGUGAGAAGGUUUGGGGCCUUGGGGUGACUUCCCUGCAUCACAUUCAGAGGUCGUAGAGAAUUCUGACAGAUAUAUGAGCAGCAAUUGCUGGUGUUCAUUUAUCCAUCCCGUAUCCAGAACAGAAAUCAAUCCAGCAGAUUCUAUUGGUAUUUGCUUGUUGUUUUCGGUCUGCAAACGGUACAUAAUUGGCAAUGCUUUGUUUGCAUUGAAAUGAAUGAUAUGGAACAACAUAAUUCAUUAUGUAAUCAAUUAUGACAUCCAUUGGUUAAGUAAAAUUCUGCCACAGCAGACAGGGAUAUGAGACACAAUCAUUUGUGUUGCAAGCAGAACUGCAGCAGAACAGAAACAGCCUUGCAUGUGAUGUAAAUGGGUUGGAAGAGAAAUUGAUUCCUUCUUUACAUCCCUAGCUACAGUCACUGUAUACAGGGACAGCAGCUCUUGGUGAGAGGAGAUGAGGGUGGACAGUUCAGUUUAUUCCUGAUCUGUGUCAGUUCCACGUUUGUUCAUUCCUGAGUCGGCUCCACCCCACUUCUGCAUUAAUCUGCUCAAGUUUUUGAUAAAAAAUAAGGUUGUAUUACUUAUCUUUCUCACAAAAACCACUGCUACUGGUCAAAAUAGGUGCUUUUCAUGAAACCAAAAAAUUGAGUCCAGUUAAAAUUUCACUCCCCACCUGGAUAAAAUGGUUUCACCACCAUAGGAAGCUGCCACGUACAGAGCCGGACCAUUGGCUCCAUCUGAUGCUGUACUAUCUACACUGACUGGCAGCAGCUGCCCAGGGUUUUAGACAAGGGACCUUUCCCAGGGCUAUGUGGAGAUGCCAAGGCUUGAACCUGGGACCUUCUGCAUGCAAAGCCGGUGCUCUACCACUGAGUUACAACCCUCCUCUUAAAAUUUAGAUACAGAGAAAGCUGUAUGAUACAGUGUCAGACCAUUGGCUCUUUUAGCUCAGUCUACCCUGACUGGAGUGGGACGCGGGUGGUGCUGUGGGUUAAACCACAGAGCCUAGGAAUUGCCAAUCAGAAAGUCGGCGGUUCAAAUCCCUGCAAUAGGGUGAGCUCCUGUUGCUCGGUCCCUGCUCCUGCUAACCUAGCAGUUGGAAAGUACAUCAAAGUGCAAGUAGAUAAAUAGGUACCGCUCUGGCGGGAAGGUAAACAGCAUUUCUGUGUGCUGCUCUGGUUCGCCAGAAGCGGCUUAGUCAUGCUGGCCACAUGACCCAGAAGCUGUACGCCGGCUCCCUCGGCCAAUAAAGCAAGAUGAGCGCCACAACUUCAGAGCUGGCCACGACUGGACCUAAUGGUCAAGGGUCCCUUUACCUUUACUCUGACUGGAUCAGCGCUCCAGGGUUUCAAGCAGGAGUCUCACCCGGUUCUACCUAGAGAGAAUGCAAAUGCAACCUGGGAGCUGUUGCAUUAAAGCCAGAUGCUCUGGCCCUUCCCCAGGAGGACACCCCCUUGCUUGCAAAAUGUACAGCUGCCUCCCUGCUCUUUUACAGAGGACACAACCUGCACCGCCUGCCCCACAGAACAGUGGUCCCCUGGACGCAGCACACGGUGUUACGACCGCAGCGAAAAGUAUCUGUUCUGGUCCGAGCCUCUGGCCAUCAUCUUGGUAGCCUUGCUGAUAUUCGCGGUGACUCUCACCUGCCUCUCAGGGUCCCUGUUUCUGAGGAACCUCCACACCCCCGUGGUGCAGGCCGCCGGGGGAGCCAUGUGCCUCGUGGGCCUCCUCUGCCUGGCCCUGAUGUGCCUCAGCUGCGGCCUCUACAUCGGCAAGCCCAGCCCGACCGUCUGCCUGAUGCAACAGCCCUCCUUCGCCUUGUGCCUCAACCCUUGCUUCUCCACCAUCACGGCCAAGGCCCUCCAGAUCAUGCUGGUGAACGACUUUGCAAGCAGCCGCCGCGGUUUCCUGCACAACCUGAUCCAGAGGCGGCCGUGGGCCAUCGUGGCCUUGUGCUUUCUGGGUGAAAGCGCCCUCUGCCUUGGGUACAUCUAUGUCAACCCGUCCACUCCGGGCAAGAACUACAAGCUCUUGCCCACCCAAGUCCUCAUCCAGUGCAGGAUAAAGUCCUGGGCUGCCUUCGCCAUCAUGCACGGGAACAACAGCCUCCUGGCCUUCACCUCGUUCCUCUGCACCUUCAUGGUGCAGACGUCUCCCAAGAAGUACAACAUCGCCCGCAGCAUCACCUUCGCCAUGCUCGCUUACUUCAUCGCCUUGAUCUUCUUCAUCCCCACCUACGCCACUGUGGGGCUAGAGUACCAGCCCGCCGUGCAGGUGAAUGCCAUGCUCAUGUGUGCUACAGGGCUGCUCGCGGCUUAUUACCUCCCCAAGUGCUACAUCCUGCGUUUCAAGCCGGACUGGAACACGGUGGACUAUUUCCAAGAUUAUGCCAAAGAGGCGACGCAGGAAAGCGACCCCAAAAAUUAGGGGUCGUAGCCGAUGCUAGUCCUACCCACACAGGAAACCCGCUGAAGUUAAAGGGCAUGGCUAACUUAGGCCUGGUCGGUUCAACGGGUCUACUUUGAGGAGGACUUGGUCAGAGGCAACCCAAGCAGAAGUCUCUGAAGCAGGAAGGGGAGUGUCUCCUUUGAUGGGGUUAACAGCGCAACUUGUAUCGCUGCCCUAGUAUAGAAGCUUUUAUUGGUGCGUGUUUUUAUUUCAUUGGGUUGGACGUAGAUACAGAUUUGUCUUGAUGGGAUAGACUUGUUAGAGAGGCCUUGCAUUCUAGUCCUCCUGCUCAGGUUUGGCAAGCCAGAGUUAGAGAUGGGAAAAGCAUCCACAAACGACAAAAAUGUCUCCUCUCCACUUUCUUCUUAGCCCUAGGGGAUCAUUGCAGAACACUCAUGCAAUGUUGGACUGGAACCUAUAUAUGUCUCACAGAGAUGGCUUACUCACAGCUGUCUCCAACCCUGUCCUAUUCUGCUCAGCGAAUGGGAAGCUGCCUUAGCAUCUAUGCAUGGCAUUUCGUUAGAUUUGAAACAAGACUGCUUCAAAGUCAACGAAAACUAUGUUUAAGGUAUACCUUUAAACUAGCGCCUUUACAGAAAGGAGUUGCCUGCUUCAGAUAGAUGCUGGCAAUGAAAUCUUCUUUCGAAGUAUAUAAUUUGGGCCUUGCUUAGUGGUGUCUUAUGUCUAGUUAGAAAUUGUGGUCCAUGUUGCAGGAAAAAGCCUCUUGAAUUAUAUCCCUGUAACGUGGAGACUAAUGGAUUGACAGCAGAGGUGAAGAUCUCAUGGUGGCCAACAGAUUAAGGGUUGACUUACUCAGAGGGGACCCACUGAAAUCAAUGGGCACGGCAAACCUAGUGCAUUAAUUUCAAUGGGUCUACUCUGAGUAGGACAUCAUUGGAGGUUGUUUUUUUUUUUAAGACUGCAAGGACAACCAUUCCUGCAUCCACUGCUCUGUGCUGAGGUCUCCCUGCACACAGCUUACAUUCGUCAAAUCUAGUUUAAGAUGUUUAUUUGGACAUGUGUACUGUCUUAUUGAUUUAUACAUUUAAACUGGGCUUGAUGGAAUAGUCUUUCUGUUAAUGUCUGCUGGCAGUGUUUUUUACCUCUUUCUGUUACAUUUGCAAAUAAAAAACAUAUUUUAAAAAGAAGUUGUCUUUAUACCUAAUCAGGGAUGUGUCAAGUAGCUACACACCCCAUCACUGCACAUGCUGCCUUGACACAGUUAGCUACACUGGUUAGUGAGCUCUGAUCCACAAGUAUUACAUGUACCUGUAUGGAUAUUCUAUCUAAAACUAUUUGCUGACGAAGAUUCAUCUUCGAAACUGUUGAUUCAAUCCGGAUAUACUGUCUUGGACAUCAUCCACUGAAAGGCGUCAUGGUGUUCCCCGCCAGCAAUUCAUUUCGUUGACUACUUCUUGGUUAUGGACUGAUAUAUAUAUAUAUAUAUAUUAUUUUGAAGUUGAGGAGUUGUAAAUUUUGGAUGACAUUCUACUACUAUAAUAACACAGCUACUAUAUUCAUUAGUCACGUGUUGCAGCUAUAUUUUAGCAGGAUGACACCCCCCCCCGGCAUCUGCUCAUGUGGGAUGGGAGCCUUUGCAUCUACAGUUGUAUGUGUGAAAUAGUGUGCAUCUGAUGGCUCAGUUCAUACGUCAUACAAGGCUACUAAAGAGUGAGACUAGUCAACAGGUGUGACAUUGGAGGUGUGGCCAUUAUGCAUUGGGACACACAGAUGGGAACCUCUGCAUAGGGGUGCAAAAGAGUUAAAAUUCCCAUUCAUCAGUGCCAGGGGCUGGACUAAGGAGGCUGACCCUUCCCAAGAAAAGGACAGUAUAGAUUUAGAUCAAUGGUUUGCAGAAGGGCAUAGUUCAGAGGGCAGAAGCUGGGAAAUACUGGAAGAGGAACAGAAGGAAGAAUAAGAAGAAGCACCGGGGAGAGACAGCUGACAGACUCAGUGUCCUUGGAGAGCAUUCCUGACCCCCCCCUCCCACAACUAGAUGGGCAUUGAGAGUAGAAGAACAGAGAGCUCAGUGGCAAAAGGCUCAGAUUAGCCAAUGCAGGACUGGCGUAGAUUAGGGGAAGGACUUUACUUGGAGCAACGCCAUCAUUGCAUAGAGACUACCUCCCUUUGUCUCACUCUGUGAAUACUGAAUAAAUUACGUAGUAAGGACUUUUCGUGUUAUCUGCUUUUGGGGGGGCUGCCACCGGGGGAGGGAUAGUAAUCCCUAAGCCUUUACCAUCAGUGAUGUUCAUUUGGGCCUCUCUUGUGCCAGACCUAUCAUGCAAGAUUGUUGGAAACAUAAAACAGAAUAACUCUAUACACACUAUCUUGGGUGCUCUGAGUGAGCCAGUGGUGUAACAGUUUGAGUGUCAGAUCAGUACCUGGGGGAUCAGGGUUCAAAUCUUCAUUUGGCCAGCUAGUCGCUGUCUCUAAGCCUAACCUAUCUCACAGGGCUGCUGUGAGAAUAAAGUGGAAGACAGGGAGAGCCUUGGAGGAGAGGCAGGAUUACAUAUGUAGUAACUAAAACACAUUUUAAUAAAAUAAGGGGGAUGAAAUGUUGAAAGAAGAUAUGGAAAAUAGCAAUUAUAUUUUGAAAUAUGUAUUUUGAGGAGGAAGAAUCCUAGACAUCCUACCCAUUAUGUUGCGCACAUUUGCCACAAACCAGAUGAAACCAGAUAUGUUUACGGCUUAAAGGCAGCACAAGGGGGCUAUUUUCUCACAGAGAUUUGAAUGCACUGGUUGAAUCUCUUUGCAAAGAACAUGAAAAUGAGAUGGGAUGGUGAAAAUGAUGCGAGAAAAACCUCAGGACACCCUCCCCACCAUGCAAAUAGUUUUGUUUCCAAGUUAAAGCCAAUUCAGGCUCAAAGCCUCAAUGGAUAUGCAAAAAAGAGAUCAGGAAAGGGGACCAGCAAUAUCACUGCAAAUGACAAAUGUCAUGACAAAUCACAGAGUGUUAAGACCACUGAGGACCAACUAAAACACCCCACAGUAGAAGCAAACAUCAAGUUUUAACAAGGUAUCUUUAAAAGAACAAAAUACCAAACCUAUUACCUCCAAGCUGGGGUUAGGGGGCUUGCUUGUUUUAUACAGAUGUUAUUAUUAUUAUUUUAUUAUUACAUUUAUUACCUGUCCUUACCAGCAGAUCCCAGGGUGGGUUACAACUAUUUAAAACUCAGAAUUGAAAACGGUUAAAACAUAUUUCAGGACUCGGGAAUAGGAUGGGUCCUGAAAACACAACAUCUCAGGUGUCAAAGAGGCCAGAGUAAAUAUAUCAUGGAUGCAGUAACAGUGCAUUAGUGGUAAAUUUAUACGGAACUGUCUACACAUCUUUCCACUUUAUUAGUUGUUCUGCGAUGCUUCCCCAAUGCUGCCAUAUUACGGCCAUCUGGAGGGGCAACUCUCGUACCAUAGUGCAACUUACGUGAAGUGAGUCCUGAUAUACACAUUUGGGCUUGUGCUCUGCCUAAUCCAUGCAUUACUGCUAUUUCCCAAAAUACAACUCAUUUUAAUGUUAUUUUGGCUUAUAAAAUGCACAUUUUUAAAUAUACUUUUCAUACAUAAUGUGCACACAUUCGGAGAAGUGCUAAUUUUGAUAGACAGCUGUGUUUGGGCUCGGGCACCGUUUCAAAAAGUGUGAAUGAAGUAGAUGGGCAUCAAAACACAAAAGCAAAUUUAUCUUCUCCCUCCCAAUUCCCUACCCACCAACACCCAGCCGCUGCACAGCUUACUGGGACUGGGCAGGUGCAGGAUUAACUGACCACAGGUUACCAACAGUUUAGCACUGUAGCAUUCGUGCUUGCGUGUUUGCACGGCGAGGGCAGAUAAUAUUGUUUCGCUAGCUGGAUUUGGCCCAUGGGCUGCCAGAUGGCCACCCACUGUUUCCAGAACAUCAUGCAAAUGAUUCAUUUUGCUUAUGAUUUGAUUUAAUGGCCUCCACCUGCCCUUUCACGGGGCAGAGUCGCCCAGGUACCAUUUGUCAUUGCGUUCCACCAACUACUAUUCAAAUGCAACAUAAUCCCAGGCUUUAAAGCCUUUGCCUAGUGGCCAUCGCCUCCAAGAUUGCCACCCUAGUCAAGCAGGCAAACAGGAUCAAACACAAAUGGCCAGAGACAGAAGGGCAGAAUGCAGCUUCAUGGGCUGAAAAUGAGAGCGACCACAGGUAUGGAUAUGAAGCAGAGCAAAUAAAGGAAGGUAAGUCUAGUCCUCCUUUCUUAUGAACUGACUCCAUAGGUAAAGGGACCCCUGACCAUUAGGUCCAGUCGUGGCCGACUCUGGGGUUGCGGUGCUCAUCUCGCUUUAUUGGCCGAGGGAGCCUGCGUACAGCUUCCGGGCCAUGUGGCCAGCAUGACUAAGCCGCUUCUGGCGAACCAGAGCAGCGCACGGAAAUGCCGUUCACCUUCCCACCAGAGUGGUACCUAUUUAUCUAUUUGCACUUUGACAUGCUUUUGAACUGCUAGGUUGGCAGGAGCAGGGACCGAGCAAUGGGAGCUCACCCUGUCGCGGGGAUUUGAACCGCUGACCUUCUGAUUGGGAAGUCCUAGGCUCUGUGGUUUAACCAACAGCGCCACCCGCGUCCGAACUGACUCCAUAGCCACUUUCAAAUAGCUAAAGGGCUGUCACGUGGAAGAUGGAAGCACGCUUGUUCUUUCCUGCUCUGGAGGCCCCAAAUCAAUGGCUUCGAGUUACAAGAAAGGAGAUUCUGACUAAACACCAGGAAGAACUUUCUGACAGUAUGAGCUGUUUGACAAUGGAACAGACCUCCCACGAGAGGUGAUGGACUCCUCUUCCUCAGAGGUUUGUAAGCUGAGGUUGGGUGGCCACCAGUCAUGUAUGAUCUAGUUGAGAUUCCUGCAUUGCAGGGGGGUUGCACUGGGUGACCCCCAAGGUCCUUUCCAACUCUACAGUUCUACGAGAAGAACUACAACAAAACAUUUUCUUAAUACGAAGUGCACUAACCCUCUCUUUUGCAAGGAAAGCUUGUUUGCUUUAUCACGUUUAUUAGUAUUAAAUUGCUCCAUUGUCUCUGCUGUGACAGGCCAGUCCCAUCAGGCCUCCUGUCCCUCAACCUGGGGGCAAACCAUUCCACCAGGCUGCCUCAGUGGGAGAGUCAGGAAGCAGAAAGCUCAUUCCAUCAAGCACUUCCAGCCCCUGAACUGUGCAGACUGGUCAUUAUAAGAACAAUGGCCCGAGUUCGAUUCCCCCCUCUUUCUUCCAUGUCUUUCCCCUCCUUGUGCCAUGUUUUUUUUAGAUUGUAAGUCUGCAGGCAGGGAUGGUCUUGUUUUCAUUGAUUGUAUAUAAGUCACGCUUAGCAGGGCAAAAAUGUUCUGAAUAACAACAACAGUUACCCACCAUUCACCCGAAGGUCCUACAAAUUUAAAAUAGAACAUUAAACACAGUUUAAAACAGCUUACAAUCACAGAAGGGGGGGAUCUGAAAAAUAUACACCUCAAAGGCCAGAGUAAAAAGCAUUGAAGCCGGAUCUUUAGCUCAGGAGUCUUAUCACUGGUUUUGCCCACCCUGUGGAAUGCCCUCCUGUCAGAUGUCAAGGAAAAUAACAACAACAACAACAACAACAACAUGAUUAUUUAAUUAUUUAUACCUUGCCCAUUUGGGAGGCUUCCAACACCUAUAACAACAUAAAAAACUGUCAAACAUUAAAAACUUCCUGAUACAGUGCUGCCUUCAGAUGUCUUCUAAAAGUUGUGUAGUUCUUUAUCUCCUUGACACCUGAUGGUGUCACUACUGAGAUGGCCCUCUGCCUGGUUCCCUGUAACUUUACUUCUUGCAGUGAAGGAACCACCAGAUAAACAACCACCUGACUUUUAGAAGACAUCUGAAGGCAGCCCUGUAUAGGGAAGUUUUUAAAGUUUGAUGUUUUACUGUGCUCGAUGUUUUAAUUUGUUGGAAGCUGCCCAGAGUGGCUGGUGCAACCCAGUCAGGCGGGCGGCAUUUAAAUAAAUUUAUUAUUAUUAUUAUUAUUAUUAUUAUUAUUAUUAUUAUUUAUUACCUCUCCAUACCCUGCAGCCAAGCAUGGCAUGGACAGGUGGGCUGAAUCACCUGUCAAUCAUCUGAUGCCACCAUGAUAUCAGAAGAUUGAGAAGUGGGUGGUCCCACCCACCUAUCAAAGUUGGCCUGUGAGGGUAAAGGGAGAUAGUGACCAAGCUGGAAUGAACUGCCCAUGUGCUACCUGAUGGACAGGGAGUUCAAGCCUGCUUUCCACAGGGUUCAGGUGCACACAAAAAUUCAUUCACGCCCGGCAGGAUAAGGCAACACAUCACAAAGCCGCUGGUUGGUAUCCUGCUUCUCUACCAGGUGGCCUUCAGACAAGACUUUCCACCCUUCAGCCUCCCAUCUGCAAUAUGGGAAAGUACUGCCUUGCAGAGUUUGUUGUGAAUCUCACAUGACAAACAGCAUGUAAACACUAGGCAUAAAACAGGGAUCUAACUUCCAUUUUCCCCAUCACAGGCUAAAAUGGCUCUCAGUGCACUGCUUGGGCUCCUGGUUUCCAUACAACUGAACGAAGCAAAGGCCAAGUCCCUGUUGACCCAGUUUAGUGCUCCGGGAGACUUUGUCCUUGGUGGGAUGUUUGCCUUUCACUCCAAAGUACAGUACCUAAGCCAGGAUGUGGAGCUGAAGACUCCCAAGUGUUCCGGGUGAGUAGGACCAAAAGAACCUCAGCAAAAUGCACAGUACACCAAGACUAGAGAUGUAAAAUUUCCAGGCAUCUGAAGUUAUGGAAAAGCACUUUCUCCAACAUUUCUUUCAACAUUGUAAAAGGAAAUAUUUCAAUAUCAAUUUCCCCAAUUUCUUGACACCUCCCCACAAUAAUACCUAGGUUGGGAAAACCAGACCACCCCCACCCCCGAAAUCACCCCCAUGGCAGACUUAUUAUGAGUAUCUCAUUCUGGGCUUCCAAACAAGGCAAGGGAGCUGUCCAGCAUCAGUUGGUGCUGAAUGGAAGAGGAGCUGUCCAGAGGGCACCUAGGCUAGGAACGAGCCUACGGAAGUUGUUGCACCAGCAACUUCCAGGCAUCCAACUGGGGUUUAAGCAUUCCACCUGUCUGCUUCUAUCCUUGCCCCCCCCCAAUUAUGACUUUUUAAGCCCUAGUCCCUCCUCCCAAGUAGGACACUGACCAGGCUGCCUCAUGUGACAAAGUGAGAGCUGUGCUAAGCAGAAAGUGCUUAAGUUUGGACUCCAUACCAAACUAGCAAUGAUUGUGUGGGGUGAGCCGAACUGGGGACAUAGAGAAGCUCCCAAUUCUUCUGAUUUUCUGGCUGAGACAUUGUCUUGUGGAGGUGAUUUCAGAGGUUCCCUGAUCCCAGUUUAUGCUGGGAGGGGGCCAUGCUGACAUCAUUUUCUGACAGUAAGGACUCGUUUUAUUCCAGCAAGGCAAUGUCCUGUCACUGCAUAGAGACAUUAUAGCACCUCUGAGUCAGGCAUGCAAAAAGCUUGUCAUGUCCAGACUGAAAAGGAUAGCUAACUGAGGCUGCUAACUGGAGAAUCCAAUCUCCAAUUAGGGAUGAAGAAUCUAGACUUCCAGAUAUUCCUGGGCUCCAACUCCAGUCAGGCCUGUGUGAUCAAUUUAUUCCAACACAUCUCAUCUCCAACUCAACCUUCUAUUCGUUUUUGUCAUUCCAAGGUGCUUCAAUGAAAUGGUACAGUCCUAAUGGGAAAGGUUGUUCCACCUCAGUAAAAUUAGGAGUAUGCAGAGUGUUGAGUGUGGCUUCUGAGUCUGAUUAGAGAUCAGAUUUCAUCUGCAGCAAUCACACACAUAAGAGAUAUUUGUAGAGUAAGAAAAUAACAAAGCCACUUAUUAUAGGAAGUGCAUAGCUUGGAUAGAGAGGUUUCUAGUUCUAAGCUAACUAAUCUAGAGAAGACAAAGGCAGUCAUGCAUGCUCCUUUGUUCUCAGAGGAUAGAUCCAAAAUGACCUUGAGGUCUGAGAGAGAAGUGUAAGAGGAGGAAGUUGUAAACAGGAUGCAAUCUAAGGUGUCUAAACUCCUAUCUGCUAAACUGAGUUGCACCCAGACUCCCAACAAAUUAAGCACCUUUGACACCACCCCCAAUUCUUGACUUGAAGUCCGGCAAAGGAAUCUUUGUCAUUCACCGUCCUUGAAAUGAUUAACUCUUUUUUAACCGCCUCCCUAAGCUUCGACAUUACUGGAUACAAGCGGCACCUGAGCAUGCGCUUUGCCAUCGACGAAAUCAACAACUCGACUUCUCUGCUCCCCGGUGUCAAGCUCGGCUAUGAAAUCCACAACACUUGCAACAACCCAGCCGUGGCCAACAAGCCCACAAUGUCCUUCCUCUCCAAGUACCCCAACCGCUAUGGCGUGGAGGUGCAAUGCGAUUAUACCAACUAUAAGCCUCGAGUUGUCGCCGUCGUUGGCCCCGGCAAUUCGGAGCUGAGCGUGCUGGUGGCUCGGUUCCUGAAGUUCCUUUUGAUCCCAGAGGUAAGAUGGGAAGCGCAUUGCACUGGCUCUUACGAAGAUCUCUUCCUCCCUUCAAGGAAGAGUCUCCACUGGUGUGUUUUGAGUAGAAUCCAGGGCGCUACAUUGAGGCAGAAGGUUGAUAGCCAUCUGGGUGGUCGAGUAGCAGAAUCAAGAAUUAUGAUUGUGAUAAAUUACCUGCCCUUCAUACUAAGGUCCCAGGGCAGGUUACAGCAACUGAAACACAACACUAAUAUUAAAAGCACAAUAUCACACAGUAUUUUUUUUUUAAAAAAAACCAACAGGUUUAAAACAACUUAAAAUCACAGAAAUAAGGUGGGUCUCAAAAAUAUAUAUCUCCAUUGUCAAAAGCCAGGAUAAAGAGCAUUCGCCAAAUGCUGUAUAAUGAAAGUGCUGGAUACACCUCUGCCAGGGUCCAUCAGUGGAAUGUCAGUGGAAUGCUCUCCCCAAUAAGGUGCAUCUAACCGCACCAUUGUUUUAUUUUUCUCACAGACUUUUGGAUGUGGUUAUUGGGGACUGAAAUAAUUCAUAUAUAAUUUUCUGCUGCUUAAUGUGAAUUGCAUUUAUAUAGCUGUUUUAAUCAUUUAAUUAUCCUGUAUUGCAAAGACUGGAGUAAAUGUCCAUUCCAACGAUGCAUUUCUGUGAUUCUAUGCAUGUUAUAGGCAUUAAGUAUGUCUGUUCAUUAUGCCCCUAUGCCUUGUGUCCAAUGCUAGCCCUACUCAGAACAGACCUCUUUAAAAUAAGGGACAGGACUAACUUAGGUUUACAAAUUUCAGCAAGCCAACUCUGAAUAUAACUUAGCUGGGUUCUAGCCAUAGAUGCCCAGACACCCAAAUCACUGUUGCUUGCCUGACUGAAUUGCAUCAAUUCAACGGUUAUUUGAAUAUCCCAAUUUUCAUAGUCUCCAUCUAAGAAGAUAAUAACAGCCUGCUAGAUGGGGCUAGUGGCCCAUCUAGCCCAUCAUUCUGUUCUCACAGUAGCCAACCAGAUGCCUGUGGGAAGCCCACCAGCAAGACCCGAGCACAAGAGCCCUCUCCCCUCCUGUGGUUUCCAGCAGUGCAUAUUCAGAAGCAUUGCUGCCUCAAACCAUGGAGGCAGAGCAUAGCCACCAGGGCUACUAACCACUGAUAGCCUUUAUCUUCCUCCAUGAAUUUAUCUGCUCCUCUUUUAAAGCUGGUGGCCAAGUUGGUGGCCAUCAUUGCCUCCUGGGGAAGUGAGUUCCAUAGUUUAACCAUGCACCACGUGAAUCUGCCGUGAAUCUUCCAUAUCCCCCCUAUCUUCCAUCUCUCCCCAGAUCAGCUACGCCAGUUCCAGCGAUAAGCUAAGUGACAGGCAACUUUAUCCAUCGUUCUUCCGGACCGUCCCCAGCGACCGAAUCCAAGUCGACGCCAUGGUUCAGCUCCUGAGCAAGUUCAACUGGAACUGGGUGGCCACUUUGGUCACUGACGAUGAAUACGGCCGCCGGGCCCUGCAGAUCUUCGUCCAGCUGGCUCUCUCUAAGGAUAUGUGUGUGGCCUACGAAGCCAUCCUCCCGAGCGACCUGGAGGAAAGCAAGAGGAAAGAGGAGCUGUCCAAAAUAGCCGACCAGCUCCAGAGGUCCAACAUCAAUGCCACGGUGAUCUUCGCGCAACCGAGCAGUGCGGAGGCGCUGCUGAGGGUGGUGCUGAGCAGGGGCAUCACUGGCAAAGUGUGGAUCGCCAGCGAGUGCUGGGCAACCUCGCCCAUCGUUGCUCAUAUUCCGAACCUGGCGAGAAUAGGAACCAUCAUCGGGGUAGCGAUAAAAAGCGGGGAGAUGCCUGGGUUCGGAGAAUAUGUGCAGAAUGUCGUGGCAGAUCCUGGCAGGGACCAGAACAGCUCUGACACCAGUGAUGGGGAUGAGCAGUGCUCUGAUUGCAGCUCUCUGACUCUUGCCGACUUCUCCGCAGACACCGAUCACGCUAGGUUCUACAGCACAUUCAACACCUACAAAGCGGUCUACGUCAUCGCCCAUGCUCUCCACCAGCUGCUUCAGUGCAAUGCCACAAGCAAGUGGUGCAACAUGAGCAGAGAGGUCUACCCAUGGCAGGUGAGUGAGGAGGAAGCAGUACAGGGUUACCUGCAAGGGCUGUGAGUUUUAUUGGCUUUGGUCAUUGUGAAAGGACUCUACGCUCUCUCGCUCUCUCUCCUCCUACCUGAGUUAUUGAAACCAAGGCUGAGGAACGAUUUUUUUAUUAUUUUUUUUAGCUUGAGACUUGUGUUCUUUUCUGGGCAACCACCUCAGGGUCACAUGGCAGUGGAAGGUGGAGCCAUAAGCAAAAAGUGGGUGGGGCAACUAAAUAAAAUGUUACCUUUGCACAGUAGGCUAGUUUUUAUGUAUGUCCACAAACCCCUGUCCACCCACCAUCCAGACAAGCAUGAGUUCAAGGGCACAUUCCACUUAGGCAUAAACACUAAGUCCUCCUGAACCUUCCCGAGAAGAGGAGGGCAGUAUAGAUUUACAACAGCGGUUUGCAGAAGGUCAUAGUUGCAGAGACUGAAGAGAGGAGAAGAUGGGAAGUAUUGGGAGAGGGCUAGGAGGAGGAAGGAGCAGCAGAGGAGAGACAGCUGACAGACUCAGUGACUUUAGAAAGCAUUAAUGACCCCCCCCCCAGGACCCGGCAAGUAUUGAGAGUAGUAGAGCAGAGAGCUCAGAGGCAGAAAGCACAGAUGAGCCGGCGCAGAGAUGACUUAUAAUAGGAGAGACGGAGGGGGUGGGACUUUAUUCGAAGCAACAUCAUUAUCUAUCUAUCUCUGAGACUAUUGAAUAAAAGACUUGGUAAGGACUCUUAUUAUUUAUCUGCUUCUUGGCUGACACUGUGGGAGGGAUCGGAUUCCCUGAAGCCUGACAGAAAGCAGCCACUGUAAGGGUUUCAAUCCUCCAAACUUUGGAAGGGCUGCAUUUACUCCAGUCAUCUCAGAAAUCCCAUUAGACUCCCUGUUCUCAUGUAAGCACACCUGCCCAUUGGUGGGUCAGGGGUACAGCCAGCUUUAUAAACCUGCUCCAGAUUCACCCCUGACCUCCCAUCCCUUACGGCAGCAAGGGAAAAAUGCACUUAAAUUCGUUAGUUUUUAUACCACCAGUUAUCUGGUCAAUCGAGGGCCCCUAAGUCAUAAGCGCAUCGUUGCCCAGCCGAGGGUGGUAAUACCAGCAUCCUCACCAAAGGGAAAUUGCCCACACACUUGCCUAGUUUGGCUUUGCAAAUCUUUCGUAUUUGGAGCACAAGAGUGCAAGAACAGCCUCGCUGGAUCAGGCCGAAAGCGCAUCUCCUCUGACAUCCUGUUCUCACACUAACCAGAUGCCCAUGGAAAGCAUCCUUAAAUCAUGUGUUGCAUCAGCGGUGAGGAGGCAGUAUAGAGGAGCUUAUGCUUUUAAUAAAAAAAAUACUAGAGGCUUCGAUGUGCCUCCAACCCUCUGCUGACACCCCCCUCACUUAGGGUUUUAAAUAACUACAGUUCUUCGGGUUCUUCUCCUUGUUUUGCAGCUCCUGGAAGAAGUAGCUCGGGUCAACUUUACCAUCAAUUCUCAUCUGGUUCAUUUCAGCAAGUCGGGAAAUCCUCCAACAGGUUACGACCUGAUUUACUGGGAUGCGACCACACAUGGAAACCACGAGUUUGUCAGUUUCGGUAGCUAUCAUCCCCUGCAGCCUCAGCUUAACAUCAGCAAAUCAAAAAUCCGCUGGAACACAAAGGAAGGGAAGGUUCGCACUAAGUUGUUUAUUCACUACUUACAUACAUCUUGGCUUCUAAACAAAUCCUCCUUUCUGCAAAUGGUGGUGGCAGUUUUCAUAUUUUGUCCCUAUUAAGUCCAAGCUCUGUUUAAACAGAACUAGGUUCUCUAGGCCUACUAAAGACAUUUUCUCAUCCUCCUCCAGUGCCCCUCAUCUUUAUCCUUAAAGGUCCACAUCCUUCUCUUCCUACUGCUCCUCACAAGUCAGCUGGCUUUCUUCCAGCAAGAUUUUUCAGGCAUAAGGACUAGAAACUUAAGGGGGAAAAUUUUAGAAAGAAAGAAAAUAGAUCAUCUCAGGCUGCUUACUUUUACUGCCCAGUAUUCAGUCCUCAGUUUGGACCAUCCACUAAUAGAAGCUUCCCUUUCCCAGGAUGGUAUCAGUGUUGGGCGCUAGCAUAUUCAGGAAGCUGUCGAGGCCCCAGAGCUCUCAAAAGGUUGCUGUCUGCUGGUUCCAACUUCUGCUCCUUGCUGCAACUUGCAGUGGUGCUCCUCCAUCUUGUCACUACCUAUUUGCUUCCUCAUCUACUGGCUUGCAGGGACAGACGGACUGCUAGAGGAGGGGUUGCCAACACAGCGCUCCUGGGCACAAUGACACCCCUUUGGUCUUCCUCUGGCAUCUUUGAGGCCCUCACUCACUGCUCCCUGUAGAGGAGCUGAGGGUGGCUACCAUUUUGUCCCUUGAAAAGUACACAGAGAUGGAGGAAGUUGGAAGAGUGGCAAUCCUUCCCACUUCCUCUAUCACUUUUAGGUAUGCUUCAAUGCUUAAAUUCAUUCUACUAGAUAUACCUUGGGAUAAAUGGAGUGUGCUUGCUUUCUCCCUGCCACUUGUGUGGUAGCUGGGUGCAGGAAUGAUUCAGGGGAGCAGAGAAAGAAGAGAUCAGAGUGGGUGGCAUCUAUGGCAUUUCCUUUAAAAAAAAGUCCAAGUGUAUUAUGGGGCCUAAAAGGGCUGGCAACCCCAGAUGUAGAGGAAAGGGGGGGGCUAGCUUGUUUUGACAGGGUUUCCAAAGUGGUGGUGGGGACAGCACGGUCCACUGGAGUCGGUAAAUACCUUUUGUUUGUUUCUUUCAUUUCCUAAAGCCCCCCAUAUCAAGAUGUACACAGGAGUGCAAACCAGGGCAGAAGAGAUGGCUGAGAGGAGAACACAAUUGCUGCUUUCUGUGUGAAGACUGUCCUGCAAAUUACUUCCAGAACAAAAACGGUGAGCUGGAGUUUUUCCAGAUGUGCCAAGGGGGCCUCCUCAUUCAACAACUGUACAUUGGCAGCGAAGUUUUGGACCAAUGCGUCUUUCUUCUUUUUGCCUUAUCAAUAUUUUUAGCUCCUGUUCAUGUUCUCCACCCCAUGUUCCAUUCUUACAUUUUAAGUAAGAAUGAUCAGAUGCAUUUUUAGCCAAUUAACUACGUUUGCAUGAUAAUGAACAACAGAAAGGAUGAGGGAGUAAACUUUGUCUCAGGUGGUGCAUGUAAGGUAAGGUGAAAAGGUAAAGGAGCCCUGAAUGGUUAAGUCCAGUCAAAGGCAACAAAGAGGUUGCAGCGCUCAUCCCGCUUUCAGGCCGAGGGAGCUGGCGUUUGUCCACAGACAACUUUCUGCGUCUUGUGGCCAUCAUGACUAAACCACUUUUGGCGCAACAGAACACCGUGACAGAAGCCAGAGCGCACAGAAACGCUGUUUAUUUUCCUGCCACAGUGGUACCUAUUUAUCUACUUGCACUGGUGUGAUUUCGAACUGCUAGGUUGGCAGAAGCUGGGACAGAGCAACAGGAGCUCACCUCGUUGCACAGAUUUGAAAGGCUGACCUUCUGAUUGGCAAGCCCAAGAGGCUCAAUGGUUUAGACCACAGCGCCACCCACAUCCCUUUCGGUAGUGCAUGGGAGGCUUUGUCUUAGAAGAGGCAUCUUUUAAUCUCUCUCUCUCUCUCUCUCUCUCUCUCUCACACACACACACACACAAUGGGAUGCCUCUUUUGGCACCAUCGUAGAAGAGGUAUUCCUUCUUUUCCUACACACAAUGACUGUCACCUGAAGACUGUUUUCUUAAAAAAAAAAAAAAGGAUCAGACUAACCAGGGAAAGGGCAACUUUUCAGCCAAACAAACUGGGUUGCAUCCAACAUAGUUCUACUCAGCCUCCUCCCCUUCUUGCCUAAUCAACUAUUCUUUUCAUCCAGAUCCCCAUGAAUGCACCCCAUGCCCUAGAGAGAAAUGGUCUCCUUCGCAGAGCACCACAUGCUACGACAGAGCAUUUGAAUACCUGGAGGUGACCGACACCCUCCCCAUCAACAUGGUGGCCUUGACGGUCUUGGCCAUGGCCCAAAUGGCCGUUGUCACCGGCAUUUUGGCCAAGCACCGUGGCACCCCGGCCAUGCACUUUGUCGGUGGCAUCCCCACACUCUCCAUUGUCCUCUCCUCAACCUGCUUCUGCAGCAGCUUCUACUUAUUCGUCAUCAAGCCCACCUCGAUGGUCUGCAAGCUCCGGCAGCCCCUCUUCUUCUUCAGCUUCACCAUCAGCUUGGCCACACUGCUUGGCAAGACACUCCAAAGCUCAGGGCUCGGCUGGACCUUGAAGAGACCUAAGCUGAGGAAGCACCUGAUGGGCCUCUGCAUCCUCCUCAACAUAGCCAUCCAGGGCCUCCUUUGCCUCGUGUGGUAUUUCUGGAACCCUCCUUCCUUGGAGGAGAGUACUGAGCUGGAGAAGACCAUCCUGGUGCAAUGCCGGGACAGCUCCUUCCCAGGAUACAGCUCGCUCCUAGCCCAUGACUUUGGUCUGGCUGCCGUCUGCUGCCUCUGCACCUUCAUGGGGAACAACUCGGACCAGAGGAACGACAAGGCCGCCAAGUCCAUUAGCUUUGCAAUGAUCCUCAUCCUCAUCAUCUGGACACUCUUCGUGCCCACCUACGCCACCUCCCAAGGGAAGUUUGUCUCCCUGUUCCAGGUCUUUGCUGGCCUGGCCAGCAUCUUUGCCAUCUUCGGUUCCUACUACUACCCAGUGUGUUACAUCCUUCUCUUCGCACCCCACAUGAACACAGACGCCUACUUCCGCUGCCUGCCCCAGAACCCUCCAGCAGACGGCAAGCCGGAUGCUCCAGAAACCAAGUAA